AUGCAACGUGUUACACACGACGAUUCAAGACACUCGAUUUACCAUCUACCUCAUCAUGCGGUUAUAAAGGAAGAAAGCACCACAACUAAAGUACGGGUAGUAUUCGAUGCUUCGUGCGAAACGCCCAAAGGCCCAUCACUGAACGAUGCAUUGUUAGUGGGGCCAAUCGUACAAGAUGAUCUUCGUUCCAUCAUUAUGCGCUCUAGAAUCCAUCCCGUUAUGCUAAUUGCAGACAUUAAACAGAUGUAUCGACAAAUUUUAGUUGAUGAGCGUGACACUCCUCUGCAGCGCAUAAUUUGGAGAAAUUCACCGGAAGACCCUCUCGAUACUUACGAGUUGAAAACCGUGACUUACGGGACGGCUAGUGCACCAUUUUUAGCCACACGAGUUUUGCAGAAACUAGCUGACGAUGAACAGAAUGACUUUCCUGAAGCAGCAAGCGUGUUACGUAAGGAUUUUUACGUGGACGAUUUAUUUUCCGGCAGCAGCACUGAAACCGACGCGAUCACUCUCAGAAAUCAGCUUGAGACGAUUUUGGCAAAAGGAGGCUUUCAACUCCGCAAAUGGGCAUCAAACAAGCCUGCAGUGUUGGCGGACAUUCCAAUUGAAAAUAGAGCGAUUCAGCAUUCAGUUGACUUGGACCGUGGCCAAUGCAUCAAGACACUUGGGAUUCACUGGGAACCCACUACUGACAUUCUUAAAUAUAAUGUUAAAUUACCUAAGCCGGACUCGACGGUUGCACUCACAAAACGCAUUGCUCUAUCUUAUAUUGCACAACUUUUUGAUCCACUUGGUUUGGUGGGUCCGGCUGUGACAACGGCAAAACUAUUUAUGCAAGCGCUAUGGACGCUAAAGGAUGAACACGGAAAUAUAUGGAGCUGGAACAGGGAACUACCCUCUACGCUACAAAAUCGCUGGACCGUUUACCACACACAGCUGCCCCUCCUAAACCAACUCAACAUCAAUCGGUUUGCCUUAUGUCUCAAUUGGACCUCAGUGCAAUUGCAUUUGUUUUCGGAUGCAUCUGAGUUAGCAUACGGAGCAUGCGCGUAUCUUCGAUCAGAAAACUCUGCUGGUCACGUCAAUGUUGCAUUAUUGACUGCAAAAUCUAGAGUCGCUCCUCUUGAAAAGCGAUCAAUCCCACGACUGGAACUGUGUGGGGCACUUCUCGCCGCUGAAUUAUACAAGAAGGUACUAGCAUCUCUGCGCCUGAACGCAGAAACCUUUUUCUGGGUUGACUCGACAACUGUGUUAAGCUGGCUCCAGGCUUCUCCGUCCAAAUGGAACACCUUCGUAGCGAACCGUGUCUCGAAGAUACAGUUGGCUACCCAAAAAUGCACGUGGAGACACGUAGCAGGUUUGCAAAAUCCAGCUGAUUAUAUUUCAAGAGGAAUCACAGCUGAAAUUAUUCUUAGCAGCGAACUCUGGUGGAAUGGUCCACAAUGGUUGCAUCUGAACAAGACGCAUGGCCAAUGA